UGACCAGCAGCUCUAGAGCUCGCCCUGUCGGUCGGCCGGUUGGUCUGUCCAGACAAAUGUCCCUGUGGUCGCAGCUAUUGGGAAUCCAUGCUCAUUCAGUGAAAUGUCAAUUUUAAGGCAAAGAUAAAGUUAAUUGAUUUUUCUUUUAAUACAUUUAUUUCACAAUCAUGUCGAUAUCCAUAAGGCCUGCAAUUUGAUGGAAACCCUUGAAUUAGCUGACAAGGUUGUUCUCCUGUUAAACAUGUUAAACGCCAAAAUCAUUCCGUUAUAGGCUUCUCGCCAUCCCCCGCGGUAUGGUUGGACGGGGUCGGAUGAAGUCAAGCCGUAGAGAAAACACCAGUUCUCCGCGCUCCGUGAAAUCUGUCACCGUCCAGGUGCCAUCCACGUCACCGUCAGCGCACAUCAGGCGGGACAGAACGCGCGCGUAGCGCUUUCCUUUGAAGGACACAUAGAUCAGCUCGUCACGCUGACCUUCGCUUGUCGGUGUCUCACCAGGGAGGCUUGGUGACUCAUGGAAGGUCGAUCCAGAGGCCGAGUCCCAACGGGCACUGCACGUGGCUGGAGAGGAACCUGCCGAACAGCAAGUGUAGAAAUCUUCCGAACCGGAGUGCUGACCUGGAGAUAUGUCAGUUGUAAUCUCUUCAGGUUGUCUACAUUCAGAUGUGACUAAUCUUGCAGUUACAUCUCGAUCUGCGCGCAUCACCUCACCAACGUCCUCGUUCAGAUAAAAGCAGGCCAGUGGAGGCGCGAGGGAUGUCUCGUUGUCUCCAUCAGGUUUAUCUGCCGGUGCCGGUGGAAGACUAUACACUUCCACAUUCCCAUAAUGAAAUAAACCAAUAUUGCCGAUCAUACCUUUCAAGCGAAUGUGAAGGCUGGGGAUACUGAAAGAGAGCGACUGCAAAUUGUCAGGUGUAAGGGGGACUUCUAGACGGUUUGUCACGCGCACUUCUACACCAUGCUUGAAGCCGAAGCUGAUAUCAGUACCUGGCGGGAAGAACACACGAAUGCGUACAUUAGUAUCUGUUACACACCUGACAGGAGUGUUUUUUUUUUUUUUUUACAUUAAAAAUAAAUAGUAACAACAAUGGGCCUCACCUGCACCUGCACAUUCAUCUUUUGAAUCCGGUAUCGUUCCGUAGCUAAAGAUAAUCGAAUAUCGAUCUGUGGGGAGCUUCGAUGACUCCAUACCUACGUUGGAAAACUUGUGUCCCAGCACAGAGACAAGGGUUGAGAGGGCUCGGUCAGAGGCCGACGGCUCGAGACCACCGUUGAUGUAUGACAGCUCUACCUAUACAUGAUGUAUGGAGGCUCCAACAUCCGGCUUGACACUGACACCAUUCUGAGGGGGACUGCAGAACAUUUGGACCCAAGAUCAUUUACAUUAUGGUAAAUAGAGAUGCAUGAGAAAGGUGUUGACAAAUGUCAACAGGAGCUCAUCUGACCACAAAGCUUUCUUUUCCCUGGGACAUUUGCAUAUCCACUGGUCCGUCUCCGGAGAAUGCAAACUGCUUGGUCUCUUUGUCUGUCAAAUUAUCAUCCUGAGGAAGGGUAGCAGCAGCCAUAUAAUCACAGAGAUCCUUAGACGUGCAUCAUCAUCUACCUGAACUGGACGCUCUGCUUGAUUUCCUCCCAAACCGCUUGUAAUGGCUGUCAACAGCAACCCCUCCAUUAACAUCACAUCUUCAGGAAACACGUCGUCCAGCAACUCUACAGCCUACUGGGACCACUUCCUGUUCGACUUUGAGUGUUCACCUUUCUCAUGCUUCCUCUCAGAGAUGAUGGAAAUACAAAUAUAUCAGUGCAUUGUUUACUCUUCCAACCUGUUUCUCCUGGGAUUCAAAAUCUUCAUCCUGCUGACUGGCCUGCCGGCCAACGUGGGCCUGGCAUGGCUCCUCCUGAGCCCCAGGAGGGCUCUGUCGGCCUCCGAGGUUCUGGGCUUCAACCUGUCCCUGAUGGACAUCCUCUACUGCCUCUGCCUGCCGCUGGACGUUUACAUCAUCCUGUACCCAGACCCCCCAGAGAAGAUGAUGAUGCUCUCUGACGCCGCCUCUGCCCUCAACGUGUUCGGCUGCCCGCUGCUGCUAGCGUGCAUGUGCGUGGAGCGUUACCUGGCGGCCGCGCACCCUGUAGCGUACCUCAGACUGCGCAGCAGAGAGUACCGCAUCGCCGCGUGUGCCCUGGCCUGGCUGCUCACUCUGGCCAUGGUUCUGCUGGCCUAUUACCUGGGUGUCUUCAACAUGGUUCUGUAUCUGGCCCUGACCACCUCCGUCCUGUUCCUGGUCAUGCUUCUAUGUCUGAUUGGGAUGGUGUGGGUCCUGUGGGGGAGUGGCCCUGGAGAGGGUCCACAGGCUGGCGUGCCUCUGAAGAGGAAGGUUGUGAGAAGCAUUCUGGUGGUGAUGCUGCCCGCUCUGGUGGCGUACACACCCUUGGUGGCCCUGGUGCCUCAUUUAUCCAUCAUCUACUACCAGAAAAAAGUCAAUGACACUCAGUGCUCCGUCCUGCAGGUCCUCUGGAUAUUCCCAAGCUUUGGCACCUACAUCGGGCCCAUGUUCUACCUGUCCCGCGUUAGACAGCUGGCUUGCUGGAGAAAGACAGGGAGGGUAACAGAGCAGUCCCCCAACUCCAACAUACAGGUAGGAUGAUCUGUAGAUGUGGUUAAUGAGACUUGAGGUUUGGGGCAAUGGAGUCAGGGUCAGUAGUUCCAAGAUCAUGAUGUUGUACGAGCCAACGCUGUACAGUUGCUGCUCUGAAAGGUGAUUUCUGACCAGUAGACUUAGUCCCUUUCAACAUAUUUCUUCAUGUGGUUAUGCAUUUAUGGGUACACUAUUAACAUUUCC